CUUGGAAAAAUAAGUAGCAUCCAGCUAGCUAAUUCGUUAGACAUAGACUUCACACCAACCUAAUAACUUGCAUUUUUUUCAUUUUUACACUUUCAAACAUUCACUUUACCUCACUCACUCUCAUACACUAUCUUCAAACAAACCACCAACAUAGUUAUAAAAACCACUUAGUUUAACAACCUCUCUUCAUAACAAACUCUCCCUCAAAAAUCCUCACAAUGGACUUUGAUAGACUUGGACCCUCCGAUCCCGGUGGUUCGUCGCGACGAUCCACCGCGCCUCUAACAAACUCCGCCGCAUCCAAUUCCAACCAGAAAAGCAAAAACAAACUCAUCAUGCUUUCUAUCCUCGCCGCGGCUUUAAUCGUCGCCUCCGCCAUCUCCGCCGCACUCAUCACCGUUGUCCGUUCCCGCGCUUCAAACAAUCAAACCACCUCAAACCUCCGCGCCAAACCGACUCAAGCAAUCUCCCGAACCUGCAGCAGGACGAGAUUCCCCACACUUUGCAUCAACUCCCUCCUCGACUUCCCUGGCUCCACCUCCGCCUCCGAGCAACAACUAGUCCAUAUAUCAUUCAAUAUGACACAUCGCCACAUCAGCAAGGCACUCUUCGCGUCCUCAGGCCUCUCGUAUACAGUCGCAGACUCCAAAGUCCGCGCUGCAUACGAGGAUUGCCUCGAACUAAUGGACGAGUCCAUGGACGCGAUAAAGCUCUCCAUGGACUCGCUCACUACCAUGUCCUCGACUUUAUCCCGCGACGACCAACAACCAGGUCUCGCAGGAUCAAACGAGGACGUGAUGACGUGGCUCAGCGCCGCGUUAACCAACCAAGACACUUGCCUGGAGGGAUUUGACGACACUACCGGCACCGUUAAGGAUCAGAUGGUUGGAAACUUGAAGGACCUAUCGGAACUCGUGAGUAACUCUCUGGCGAUAUUUUCGUCGAGUAGUGACGGUGAUUUCACGGGAGUGCCGAUACAGAACAAAAGAAGAUUAAUGGGAAUUGAUGAUGAAAAGCGUGAUGGUGAUGUUAUUGUCGGUGAUAUCUCGCGAGAAUUUCCGGAAUGGGUUCAGAAACGAGAUAGGAGAUUGUUGAGUUUACCGGUAUCGGAGAUACAAGCUGAUAUCGUCGUUUCAAAGAGUGGUGGCGACGGCACGGUGAAGACGAUUGCGGAAGCUAUUAAGAAUGCGCCGGAGCAUAGUAGCCGUCGAUUCAUAAUCUACGUGAGGGCAGGAAGGUAUGAAGAGAAUAAUUUAAAGAUAGGAAAAAAGAAAACCAAUAUCAUGUUUAUUGGAGAUGGGAAGGGCAAAACUGUCAUUACAGGAAAGAAAAGUGUUGCUGAUGGCAUGACCACUUUCCACACCGCUUCCUUUGCUGCUAGUGGUGCUGGAUUCAUGGCACGUGAUAUCACAUUUGAGAACUAUGCAGGACCGGAGAAGCACCAAGCGGUCGCGCUCCGUGUUGGAGCCGAUCACGCGGUGGUGUACCGCUGCAACAUUUUAGGGUAUCAAGACGCGUGCUAUGUACACUCCAACCGUCAAUUCUACCGCGAAUGUAGCAUCUAUGGCACGGUUGAUUUUAUAUUUGGAAAUGCCGCGGUAGUUUUUCAAAAAUGCAACAUUUACGCGCGCAAGCCCAUGGCCCAACAAAAGAACACAAUCACAGCCCAAAAUAGAAAAGACCCGAAUCAAAAUACGGGUAUAUCCAUUCAUGAUUGUCGGAUCCUGCCUGCCCCGGAGCUCGCCGCAUCAAAGGGCAGCAUUGAAACGUAUUUGGGCCGUCCGUGGAAAAUGUACGCUAGGACCGUUUAUAUGUUAUCCUACAUGAGUGAUCAUGUGCAUCCACAUGGAUGGUUAGAAUGGAAUGGAGAAUUCGCAUUAAAAACUUUAUAUUACGGUGAGUACAUGAACUAUGGGCCGGGUGCAGCCAUCGGGCAACGGGUCAAAUGGCCCGGGUACCGAGUCAUUACUUCUACGGUAGAGGCCAAUAGAUACACCGUGGCCCAAUUCAUCUCCGGUUCGUCGUGGUUACCAUCCACCGGUGUGGCAUUUUUGGCCGGGUUAUCCACUUGAUCUCCACCACCACAGAUAUAUCUAUAUAGAAAGGAUUUACUUUGUUACAUAACCUCAAUUGUGGGAAUAUAUAGCUCCUAUUUUUAUAGUUUUACUUUGUAUUAACUGUCCCAAAAAAUAGUUUUUUGGACAAAAAUUUAUUUUGUCAAUAAUGCAAAUAAGUAAUAACAAAAGUUAAGCUGUAAUUGUAGACUUUAUAUAAUAGGUCUUGUAAUUGUAUUAUUCCCCUCAAAGUCAAAGGUGUUAUAGUUGACUCAAGAA